GAUUCCGGCCUACCCCCCGAAGAAGAAUCUAAAUUUUGGAAUUGAACCCCAUCUGAGGGUUUCAGGCCGCAAAAAGAGAUCCAUGUCACUGGGACGGUACUUCUUUGUUCAAAGAAUGAUGCCACCCCAAGUACAGGACAUUAAGUACAACAAUCAACAGAAAGAGGUUGAACCUUGCAAUGGGACUGCAAACGAAAACUGCACUGACGAGGUGGGGUUUGCUUUGGACAAAAAACAACCGUCAUGGCAAGUGGACAAGAGAGCAAAUAUCCCUGCUGUUCCAAGCAGUCCGAUAAAUAUAAAAGCUCGGAGGCCGUAUGACGUCCCCCAAAUUGAAUGCCCACCAGCUAAAGAUGGCACAGAGCGUUUUGCUUGUCCAUCCCCUGAUCACACGAACCGCUACAGGUGCAUAGACGAUCACUCUCUCUGCGACGGCUUUAUAGAUUGCCCGAACGCAGAAGAUGAAGAUAUGGGUUCCUGCAUGUUCUAUAAGACGACAAAAGCACAUUUAGAUGUACUGGCCGAUGCUUUACUUCGUUGGGCCCGAGGAAGAUACUGAAAUCUUGGAUUUAAUAACAUAUCAUAGAGAAAGAAAAUAACGAAAGUUAUUGAAUGUGAAAAAAACCAAGACCACUGCUGAUAUAACUGUUUUGAAGAACUAUGAACCGAAUGAGAAGUCCGGAAUUAUAAAAAAGAGAAAGCUAUUCUAAAUGGAAUGUCCAGUGGAUCUCAUGCGAAGUAUAAAAAAUUCCUUUUGUUCCUAAAUCUACCUCCCAUCUUGAACUUGUAAAAUCACGGAAUAAUUUAGAUAGUCGAGACGACGUUUAAAUUAGAUCUGUGAUGUUUCGUUCCAAAAGAAGAAUACAUAUCCUGCUGAAUAUCCUCGAGAUAUCCUUGUAUAUCCAUAUAUUUAGAACUCCAAUUCGUAUUUAAAAACUGUUUGCAUGGCUUGUGUAGAACAGUGUCUUUUAUUUAUUCAUUUAUUUAUUCGAUCUUGUUAAGACCUUGCUCAUGUUUGUAGAAUGAAAUGCGUUAUGGGAAGAAAAUAUAACGCAUCUACGCUUUAAAAGCAAUGGAAUGUUGAUAUUCCGAAUGAUUAAGAUUUCGAGUGAAUCAGAAUUUUUAAAAAACGCAAAUAAAUUGAAAUCAAUCACUAACUCGAGAAAUAUCGUCUGUACUGUAAACUGAAAUUCAUAAAUACCGAAAAUAUUUCUAAAUACAGUCAACU